ACUUCCAGCACAGGGCACGAAUUUUCUCUGUCUGGCUGGGAAAAACGAUUGCCGGCCUGUCAAGUUAGAUAUUCAUUUUCCAACAUGGCAGAGGGUAGUUCGCGCUACGUUGAUGUAUCGGAAAAUUUUUCGUGUUUUGUGUAAAUGUAGUGAUUAACCCUUGUUUUAGUGUGUGCUCACGAAUUGUUCAAAACAUUCGUCAUGGCGGAUUUGUCAAAACCUCCACUGAGUGAUAUAAAACACCCCGAAGAGGUGGUGCGAAUGGCUAUGAACGAUAGUCUAAAAUUUGCUGUUUUAAUUGGACUUAUAGAAGUUGGACAAGUUUCCAAUAAGGAGGUCGUCAACACAGUAUUGCAAUUGCUGGUUGGUGGCGAAUUCGAUAUGGAACUUAACUUCGUCAUUCAAGAUGCUCAGAACAUUAGACAUAUGCUAGAAUUACUCGACCAUUGCCCUCCAAAUCUACAGGCGGAGAUAUGGAGUGUAUUCAUCGCUAUUCUGCGGAAAAGCGUUCGCAACCUACAGGCAUGCACGGAUGUCGGUCUCAUCGAACACGUUCUCAAAAGGUUGCGGAAUGCAGACAUCGUUGUGGCAGAUCUGCUGAUCGAGAUGCUCGGCGUCCUAGCGAGCUACAGCAUCACCGUGAAAGAGCUGAAAUUGUUAUUCGGAGCCAUGAAAGCCGUUACAGGAAAGUGGCCUCGCCAUUCUGCAAAACUUUUGAAUGUUUUGCGACAGAUGCCACAAAGAACAGGCCCUGAUGUUUUCUUCAGUUUUCCAGGAAGGAAAGGUUCGGCGAUCGUGUUACCUCCUUUGGCGAAAUGGCCCUACGAAAACGGCUUCACCUUCACGACUUGGUUUCGACUGGACCCGAUCAAUUCUGUCAACAUCGAACGAGAAAAACCGUAUUUGUACUGCUUUAAGACCAGUAAAGGAGUAGGAUACACCGCUCAUUUUGUAGGUAAUUGUUUAGUGCUUACGUCGAUGAAAAUUAAAGGAAAGGGAUUCCAACACUGCGUGAAAUACGAGUUUCAACCUAGGAAGUGGUACAUGCUGGCAGUCGUUUAUAUAUACAACAGGUGGACAAAAAGCGAAAUUAAAUGUUUGGUAAAUGGUCAAUUAGCGUCCAGCACAGAAAUGGCGUGGUUCGUUUCGACAAAUGACGUUUUUGAUAAAUGCUAUAUCGGAGCGACGCCGGAAUUGGACGAGGAACGAGUAUUUUGCGGUCAGAUGUCGGCAAUAUAUCUCUUCAGCGAGGCCUUAACAACGCAUCAGAUAUGCGCCAUGCAUAGGUUAGGACCUGGAUAUAAAAGCCAGUUUCGAUUUGAUAACGAGUGCAAUAUAAAUUUGCCAGACAAUCACAAAAGGGUGAGUGAAAAUAGUGAAAAUCAGUUACCAGCAUCUAGCAUGCCUCUGCCUUUGACUGCAACAGAUGCACGUUCCGUUCUAUAUGACGGCAAGCUGUCAAGUGCGAUCGUCUUCAUGUACAACCCCGUGGCAACUGACACUCAGCUCUGUCUACAAUCGGCCCCCAGGGGAAAUAUAUCCUACUUCGUACAUACACCACACGCCCUCAUGUUGCAAGAUGUUAAAGCCGUGAUAACCCACUCCAUCCACAGUACGUUAAAUUCAGUUGGGGGAAUCCAAGUUUUGUUUCCUUUGUUCUCACAACUUGACCUGCCUUACGAAUCCAACGGUUCCUCAGAUGCGAAAAGAGACCCUACGUUGUGCGCUAAACUUUUGGGAUUCAUCUGCGAAUUGGUGGAAACGUCCCCAACAGUUCAGCAACACAUGAUCCAAAACCGAGGAUUCCUAGUUAUUAGUUUUAUGCUGCAAAGGUCGUCGAGAGACCAUCUAACGAUAGACGUCCUAGGUUCGUUCCUCAGCCUCACCAAGUAUCUCGUUACCUGUCUAAGUGCCAAUAGCGAACUGCUCUUGAAACAGCUGUUGGACCAUGUCCUCUUCAAUCCCGCCCUUUGGAUCUACACGCCCGCCACCGUUCAGACCAGACUUUACUCCUAUUUGGCGACGGAGUUCUUGUCGGACACGCAGAUCUACUCCAACGUAAGGAGAGUGUCUACGGUGCUGCAGACAGUGCACACUCUCAAGUACUACUACUGGGUGGUCAAUCCGAGGUCGAAGAGUGGAAUCUCGCCGAAAGGAUUAGAUGGUCCAAGACCAGCGCAGAAAGAUAUCCUCGCCAUACGUUCCUACAUCCUUCUGUUUCUCAAACAACUCAUCAUGGUCGGCAACGGAGUGAAGGACGACGAGCUACAGAGCAUCCUCAACUACCUCACCACGAUCCACGAAGACGAGAACCUCCACGACGUGCUUCAAAUGCUCAUUUCGUUGAUGUCAGAACAUCCUUCGUCCAUGGUGCCCGCUUUCGACACCAAGUGCGGCGUCAGGACCAUCUUUAAACUGUUGGCUUCCGAGAGCCAGUUGAUUCGUCUGCAGGCUCUGAAGCUGCUAGGGUUUUUCCUGAGUCGUAGCACGCAUAAAAGGAAAUACGAUGUUAUGAGUCCUUAUAAUCUGUACACUCUGUUAGCAGAAAGGUUACUUCUGAACGAGGAUACUUUAUCUUUACCAACAUAUAAUGUACUUUAUGAAAUAAUGACGGAACACAUCAGUCAGCAAAUACUGUACACCCGACAUCCCGAACCUGAGUCGCAUUUUAGACUUGAAAAUCCAAUGAUCCUCAAAGUUGUGGCUACUCUCGUCCGACAGUCGAAGCAAACAGAACAACUACUAGACGUAAAGAAACUAUUUUUAUCCGACAUGACGCUGUUGUGUAAUAACAACAGAGAAAACAGACGAACAGUAUUGCAGAUGUCGGUGUGGCAAGAAUGGUUGAUAGCAAUGGCAUACAUCCACCCUAAGAAUACAGAGGAGCAAAAACUUUCCGAUAUGGUUUAUUCACUGUUUAGGAUGCUUCUUCACCAUGCGAUUAAGUAUGAGUACGGAGGAUGGAGAGUGUGGGUGGAUACACUAGCUAUUGUUCAUUCUAAGGUUUCUUACGAAGAAUUCAAGCUCCAGUUUGCUCAAAUGUACGAACGCUACGAGAUGCACCGAGCAGACAACAUAACAGAUCCGCUAGUAAGACAGCAGCAUCCGAUUAGCACCAUCUCCGGCUGGCACGAGUCGAACCAAAACGUGCCCAACGGAUGCCACUCUGACAACGAGCGGUGGCAAAACUCCAGAGCGUCUCUCCAAGAAAUCGAACUCAACGAGAACGAUAAGUCAGAACAAGUUUGCAGCUGCGAUUACAACUCCACGUUAUCCGACGGCAGUCCUGUCUCUUAUAUCGUCAAACACGAGGACAGUGAAGUGGUGUCUUUAGACUCGAGGACUAGUGAUUUGUUUAGUGAGGGCAAAAUCAGCAAGGAAUCACCAUACUCCCAAGACUCUCCUGUGAAACUAGGUGAAGUUGGUGGUGGGGAUUCCCCUAUUUGUAAUGGUUUGCAUACGGAGAGCAGUCCGAGUUUCGGAAGCCCCGUGAAGAUCUCCAAUGAAAAAACCGAAGUCAUCGAGGAGAUUCUCCAAGAGAUCCUCUCUAAGUCUGAAAAACUCUUGGAGGAGCACACUGAGGUUUACUCAGACAACGCCGAUAUCCGAGCCGACUCUCCUGUCGUCCAAGAUCAAGAGAUAGUUCAGGCUGUUAACGAGGUUGUGAAUAUCGUACCAGAAAUCAUCAGAGACCAUACAGUAGAUCAAACCAGAGCAGCUGAUGAAACCACAACGACAGAAGAACCAACAGUGGAGGGUAACACCGAAUCUGAAAAGGUUGAUGAGGAGGUGGUAGCAGAAGCUAACCAAGAAGAGGAGUCCUCUGUUCCUAGCCCUACGGACGAGAUCGUGGAAGAAAUUUCGAGUCCCAAGGAGGAGAUUUCAAGUCCUAAGAAGGAAAUUGCUAGUCCAGAUAAGGAAAUUCCAGAUAGUGAUUUAUCUGAAAGAUAUCUCACUCCUACCGAAGAAAUUUCUGAAAAGAAAGAAGAAGAAACGGAGACUACAGACAAGACUGACAAGUGUGAUGAUGACUCAGAAGAAUUUAGAACAGUUCCGAGUGAUAUAAAAGAAAGUGAAGAAGACGAUAAAACGAACAGUAAUAGUGACGUUGUUGUUAAUGAUGUUGAAAAAACUAGUGAUAAUGAACCUUUAAAAAAUAAUUCUGAAGCUGUGCCAAUUGUUGAAAAUAGUGCUGUGUCCGUAGAUUUAGAGCCGUCCAAAAAAGAAUCUAGUCUAGGAGAAGCAACUGUUGAUUCUAAAUUAGUAGAUGGCGCUGCAACUGAAGUGCCUCAGGUUGAAAAUAUACCAACGAUUUCACAAUUCUGUGAUCCUAGUCAUUAUGAAACUGCUUCUAAUGCUGCAAUUACUACAGAUAGUGUUGUUAAUAGUACUGUGGAGGCACCAUCCGCCCCUAAUCAAGCGGAGAGCCCCCAAAAGGUUGUUGAAGGUAUGAAGAGGAGAGUGAGUCUGCCUUCGUGUCACACGGAAAAACCGAUUGGAGAUAUCAACAGGAACUCUAGCAGUCAUUCUGUAUCGCCGCAGAAACGACCGAGGAGUGCCUCUACGUCCACACAAGUUGAUCCUAACCUAUUUGCAGAACCAAAAAACAACAAAUCCGGAAUCCAAAGGCCGAUGUUCAGUCCAGGACCUACAAGACCACCAUUCAGGAUACCGGAAUUCAAAUGGUCUUAUAUCCACCAACGAUUACUGUCAGACGUUUUGUUCUCUUUAGAAACAGACAUACAAGUGUGGAGAAGCCACUCGACGAAAUCCGUCUUAGAUUUUGUUAACAGCAGUGACAACGCCAUCUUCGUCGUGAACACCGUGCAUUUGAUCUCACAGUUGGCCGACAAUCUUAUCAUUGCCUGUGGGGGAUUGUUGCCUUUGUUAGCCUCGGCGACUUCACCAAACAGUGAAUUAGACGUUAUUGAACCAACUCAAGGAAUGCCCAUCGAAGUUGCCGUUAGUUUUCUUCAGAGACUUGUCAACAUGGCAGAUGUUCUAAUAUUCGCUAGUUCCUUAAAUUUCAGCGAAUUAGAAGCCGAGAAAAAUAUGUCCAGCGGUGGAAUUUUGAGACAAUGUCUUAGAUUGGUGUGCACAUGUGCAGUACGCAACUGUUUGGAGUGUAAAGAAAGAAGUCGACCGCACCACACUAUUGCACCCAAUUCACAUAAUUCUAGCCACAAAGCUGCACAUCUCCAAUCGUUCAUAAGAGGCGUUCAAAAUUCUCCGAAGAGUGUCACCGACAACCUAUCGAACAGUUCAACUCCUGUCAAAGAUCCUGAAAAACUGCUUCAAGAUAUGGACGUUAAUAGGUUACGUGCAGUCAUCUAUAGAGAUGUGGAAGAAACCAAACAAGCUCAAUUCCUCUCCUUGGCAAUCGUAUAUUUCAUUUCCGUACUGAUGGUAUCGAAAUACAGGGACAUUCUGGAACCUCCCGUGUCUAUCAGAGUACCCAGUCCUGUGCCUAUAAUAAGAAAUAAUGGGACGUCGUCUCACCAUUCGGGUAGUCCUCAAGAGGGGAGUGCGAGACCUCUUUUUCCUCAAUGGUCCCACCACGUCUACCCCCAAUUCCUGCCCGGCUCCCACCCUAACGCUGUCGCCCACAAUAACUACGUGCGGCACAGACAUUCGUACGUCAAACACCACUAUAACCUCAAUAACAAUCACCAUUCUCACCACUACAAUCACAAACUCGACCACCGAUUCCACCGCAACUCGGUUGCGAAUCGCGCAGCCUCUCGAGCAAUCCAAAUCCAGGAAGAUAGCGACUUCGAUAUCAUCACGGCUUACGUAGAGGACAACAAUUCUCUUCACACCGAAAAUGAAUUAAAUUCAGGUCCAGCAUCGAUCAAAGUUAACGCGAGGCAGCGUCCUUCUUUGACUCAUGGGUUCUCUGUAAAUUACUCUUUGGAUGGAAUUAGGCAUGCUCGAGGUUGUGACAGUGCUCGUAUUAAAAAGAGCUCCGAUUCAGUGGAAGAUAUCAACUCUGUUCAUUCAGUCGACACCAAUAAUCUCGGUUCCAACAUUGAGAGUCACUUAGACGAUAACGAUAAAGUGAACGCAGACGAAAACUGGACGGAUAUCAACCUGAACGAAGACGGAGACGUCAAAGAAGAAACGCGGAACUUGCAGAAUAUAUCCCACUCACAUUCCCCGCUAGAUAUCGAAGGGAAUAUAUCUUCGGAACGAGGGGAAAAACAUCAUUCGGAGAUAUCUGUCGUACGAGUACCCGACGGAAUUAUACAGACCCCGGUGCAAAUGAGACCUGACGAAUUACCUGUCAAUAACUUAGUUGACCACAUAUCGAUACCAACGCCAUCUAGGGAAGCGUCGUUAACACAGAAACUGGAAAUGGCUUUAGGUUCUGUGUGUCCUCUGCUCAGAGAAAUCAUGGUGGAUUUCGCUCCUUUUCUCUCCAAAACUUUAGUAGGUUCUCACGGCCAGGAACUGCUGAUGGAAGGAAAAGGCUUGACUACUUUCAAGAACAGUAACUCUGUCGUUGAGUUGGUUAUGUUGCUUUGUUCGCAAGAAUGGCAGAAUUCCUUGCAAAAGCAUGCUGGACUUGCUUUUAUAGAAUUAAUCAAUGAAGGAAGACUUCUUUCCCAUGCAAUGAAAGAUCAUAUUGUUCGGGUUGCGAAUGAAGCUGAGUUCAUACUGAACAGGAUGAGAGCCGAUGAUGUUCUUAAACAUGCCGAUUUUGAGUCACAAUGUGCCCAGACUCUGCUGGACCGCAAAGAAGAAGAGCGAAUGUGCGACCACCUCAUAACGUCAGCCAGACGCCGUGAUAACGUCACUGCCAGUAAACUUUUAGAAAAAGUUAGAAACAUAAUGUCUAAUAAACACGGCGCUUGGGGUUACAUGGACGCCGUAGAGUCAUCUUUGAACGAAUUUUGGAAACUAGACGCGUGGGAGGACGACGCGAGGCGAAGGAAGCGAUUCGUCCAUAAUCCUUUGGGAACCACACAUCCCGAAGCUAGUUUAAAGGCUGCAAUCGAGCAUGGGGCUCCCGAGGACGCCAUUCUUCAGGCUCGAGAAGAAUUCCACGCGCAUCUGGCAGCCAAUAGAGGUCAGCAGCAAAUGCAGAACGACCUCAUGGACGACAAUGAGCUGAUGAUAGACGAUAGGGAUUUGGACACUGAUCUCAACGGCCCUGUUAACAUCAGCACCAAAGCCAAACUCAUCGCUCCAGGUAUCGUAGCUCCAGGUAUGGUUUCGAUCACGUCUGCAGAGCUAUACUUCGAAGUUGACGAGGAUGACGACGAGUUCAAGAAGGCAGAUAGUGAGAUGCUGAAAUACUGCGAUCACCUCCAUGGAAAAUGGUACUUUUCAGAAGUUAGAGCCAUAUUCUCUAGAAGAUACCUGUUGCAGAACAAUGCAAUUGAAAUAUUUUUAGCUAGUAGAACUUCCAUCAUGUUCGCUUUUCCCGAUCAAAUGACAGUAAAGAAAGUGAUCAAAGCCCUUCCCAGGGUCGGCGUGGGCAUCAAAUACGGCAUUCCGCAAACGAGAAGGGCCAGUAUGAUGUCGGCGCGUCAACUUAUGAGGAAUUCCAACAUGACUCAGAAGUGGCAAAGAAGAGAGAUCUCCAAUUUUGAGUAUUUGAUGUUCCUCAAUACUAUCGCUGGCCGAACCUACAAUGAUCUCAAUCAGUAUCCAGUAUUCCCGUGGGUCUUAACCAACUACGACUCGAAAGAUCUCGAUCUCAGUCAACCUAGUAACUACAGAGACUUGUCUAAGCCAAUCGGUGCCCUUAAUCCUAGCAGAAGAGCCUAUUUCGAGGACAGAUACGCGACGUGGGAACACGAAAGCAUUCCUCCGUUCCAUUAUGGAACGCAUUAUUCCACAGCGGCUUUCGUCUUCAACUGGCUCAUUCGAGUGGAACCUUUUACGACAAUGUUCCUGUCACUUCAAGGCGGCAAAUUCGACUACCCCAACAGAAUUUUUUCUUCCAUCUCGCUAUCAUGGAAGAACUGCCAAAGAGACACCUCAGACGUUAAGGAACUCAUACCGGAGUUCUUCUUCCUCCCUGAAAUGUUCGUCAAUUCAAAUAGAUACCGGUUAGGCUUAAACGAAGAAGGAAAACCCAUCGCAGACGUAGAACUACCUCCAUGGGCCAGCUCACCAGAAGAGUUCGUUCGGAUCAAUAGAAUGGCGCUAGAAUCUGAAUUCGUAUCUUGUCAGCUGCACCAGUGGAUUGACUUAAUAUUUGGGUAUAAGCAGAAGGGACCUGAAGCCUUGAGAGCGACCAAUUGUUUCUAUUACUUGACGUACGAAGGUAGCGUUGAUCUUGAUGCAAUUCAGGACAAGGUUAUGAGGGAAGCGAUCGAAAACCAAAUCAGGAACUUUGGUCAAACUCCUUCACAGCUACUAAUGGAACCACAUCCCCCUAGAAGUUCAGCAAUGCACUUGUCUCCAAUGAUGUUCUCAACGAUUCCCGACGACGUUUGUAUGACCAUGAAGUUCUUAUCCAAUAGUCCCGUAGUUCACAUCUCAGCCAAUACUUAUCCGCAAUUACCUAAUCCUUCGGUGGUGACCGUUACCAUGCACCAACAGUUUGCAGUCAAUAAGUGGAACUCUGCGUACGCUGCAGUCGCUCAAUCUCCCAGUUACGCGGACACUCCACAGAACCAAGCCUCCAACUUACCUCUUUCGAUGGAUGCAGUGCUUUCAAUAAACAACAAUAGCAAUGCUCAAAACCAAAUGCAGCGGCGCCAUCUAGGAGACAACUUCAGCCAGAACCUGAAGAUCCGUUUCAAUUGCUUCGUCACGACCGUCGACAGCAAAUUUUUAAUCGCUUGCGGAUUCUGGGACAACAGUUUUAGAGUAUUUUCCACGGAAACCGCAAAAAUCGUUCAGAUAAUUUUCGGACAUUACGGGGUGGUAACGUGUCUCUCUCGUUCCGAGUGUAACAUCACGUCGGAUUGCUACAUAGCGUCUGGUUCUGCUGAUUGUACGGUGUUGUUGUGGCAUUGGAACGCCAGGACCCAGACCAUCGUCGGGGAAGGGGAGGUGCCUACGCCGAGGGCUACGCUUACUGGCCACGAACAGCCAGUUUCGAGUGUUGUGAUCUCUGCUGAGCUCGGCUUGGUUGUUUCUGGUUCCUACGGAGGUCCCGUAUUGGUCCACACCACAUUCGGGGAUUUACUUCGGUCUCUGGAUCCCCCCAAUUCGUUUAUUUCGCCUGAAAAUAUAGCGAUGUCUCGGGAAGGAGUAAUUGUUGUAAAUUACGAAAAGGGCAACAUAGCAGCGUUUACUAUUAAUGGAAAACGUUUACGUCACGAGUCACACAAUGAUAAUUUACAGUGCCUAUUACUAAGCCGUGAUGGAGAAUAUUUGAUGACUGGUGGUGACAAAGGAAUAGUUGAAGUUUGGAGGACGUUCAACUUGGCACUGCUCUACGCCUUUCCGGCAUGUGAUAGUAGCGUUAGGUCACUUGCAUUAUCACACGAUCAAAAGUUCUUAUUAGCUGGUCUAGCACUGGGUUCAAUUGUAGUUUUCCAUAUCGACUUCAAUCGGUGGCACCACGAGUUCCAGCAACGCUACUAGAAUAGCAGCCAACGGACUGCCUGCUUGAGAUGUAAACACUUAAUUACAUACUAACGCUAAAAGAUAAAUAAUUGUUUAUUUUUAUUUAUUAAGAUAAUUUUACUUAUAUUAUACAUUUACCUUGCGUACUAUUCGAAACUAGUUAUUUUUGUGCAAUAAAAGCUUUUUCCAAUGAGUUGUAAUGUUGGUGGUUUAUGGGUUUUUUAGUUGUUAAUCAAAGCUCUUCAAUAAUAACACAUUUUUCGUAAGGGCUGCUUAAAAAUGAUAUUUGUAAAAGACACGUACAGAACAGGGCAGAGUUAAGGACAAGGAGUAAAAUGAAAAAUUUACACCAAAAGGAACUGGGUUGCAUGAGUGUGAUUCAACGAGAUGACUCUCUGGAAAUUAGGAAUUAGUAUUGCGAUGACUUUCUUUAAUGGACCUUCUUCUUUUUAGCCUUCUUUCUUCCAUUUUUUGACAUAGGCCUCUCCCAACUUCAUCAUCCAUGAUAUAAACCUUCUGUAAUUGGUAUUAUUUCCUUUUUGAUGCUUCUUGAAUACUAUGUGUAUCUUGUAUACCCAUUUAUUUAGCUUAUUUUAGGUUUUGCAAUACUUUAUUUGGUGGUUCUGGUACCUAUUCUUCUUCUAGCACCAUCACAUGAAAUAACAAAUACACAAAAGCUUUUUAUUCUACGAGUAUAUCUCCAAAGAUACUGUUAAUGGCUUCCAAUCAUUAUCCAUGAUGAUCUCUAUUAUAAAACUGUUGGUUCUUCAAUUUUGAUUGCUAAAUACUCGACUUCUUGAUGGUGCAUCUUUCGUGUGUCCCAGGCAACCAAAUAACGUUUACUAAACGUUGAAAAGACGUCAUAAUGAUCACCAAACCACGUCAGUUUAUCACGCUUUUUCGACGUCGAAAGUCACGUGAAUAUUUUCCACCAUAACUGACGUCAUUUUUAUCACGUUUUAGAUACGUGAUAUCAGAAACGUAGUUUUUAUGUCGUUUUUUUAGAUUAUUUUUCAUUUUAUGGUUUCAAAAAUACACAAUAGUAAUUAUUUGUAUGGGCAUUGUUGCUAUUGCAAUUUUUCAUUUAACUGGCAUAACGUAAUUAUGACCUGGUAUAUACGGACACGGCCAAAUAUUCUCGAAUUUUUAAAGCCCAUUUCAUAGAAAUUUACCUGUUAACAACGGCCAAUAUAUGUUGAUAGAUUUCAGUAUUUCAGUAAUUGGAGUUAAAAUCAGUAGGUCUACUGAAAAGUCAGUAGACCUGGUAACCCUGAACAUUCUAAGCAUUAACUCUAAAAGCUCCUCCCAUCUUUGUGACGUCAGACUUGGGCUGUCUGAAAUGAAAACGUGUUUUUAAACGUAUUUUAACGUCAUUAAUCUUACGUAUUUAAGUUCAAACACGUGUAUAUAUUCAACCAAAAAAUGUCGUUUCCUCGACGUUAUUGACGUCGCUUGGUUGCCUGGGGUCUCCUUUUUUUAGUUAAAUGAGGUUAUGUUAAAUUAGGUUUUACCAAAAUACAGGGUAUAUUUACGUGUUUCAGGGCUGUUUUUUCUUCGAUGUUUUGUUAAGGAUUGUCCAUAUCUACUAAGAGUAUUUCUCACUUUUUCAGAUUAUGUGGUUUUUAUCAUUUUUAGAUUAUUAAAGAGGCUUUGUCAAAUCUCCAUGGCCUCUUAACACAUCUUUUGCUUUUGUUUAUUAUUACUCUAAGAUCCCUUCGUAUUAUUUCUCAUGAUUAUAAAUUCAACAAUUUCCAAAAAAAGUGUUUUGUGACUCCAUAGGUUCUUUUGAACCUAUUUUUCGUCUUUGUUCUGUUGUUUUCUUCUAUUAAUUACUCUGUGACACUUCUUUAGUCUUUCACAAAAUUAGAGUUCAAUAAAGUCAAAAAAAAAAAUGUUUCUGUGACGCUCUAGGCUCUUGUUUGACUACUUUUCUUCUUUUUCCUGUUAUUCUCUUCUUAUUCUGUGACAGUUCAUUCUUCUCUCUUAAGAAUGUGAGUUCAAUUAAGUCCAAAGAAAAUGUUUCUGUGGCAUCAUAUAUUCUUGUUAAACCUUUUCUUUUAUCUUUCUUUUAAUUUAUUCUAUUAAUUAGUUACAAACACUUCAUUUCUUUUUUCUCAAUAUUAGCAGUCCAAAGGAGUUCAAUAAUGCCCAAAGAAAGUCUUUUUAUGUCUUUAUGUCUUUUUACCUCACUUUACUUCUUUCUCUACUUUUUAUUCCUGUCACUUGACUAGUCUGUGGUAGUUUCUUUUUCUUGUUCAUUAUUGCGAGUGAAUGAAGUGUAGGAAUAAAUUCUCAAGUGAUGAGAGUAUUAAACCAUUUUUAAUCGUUUCCUUUCACUCUUUUUUUUUUCUAAUAUAAUUAUUCUGUGAAUACCUCUUCUUAUUUCUCAUGAAUAAGUUCAAAAAAUCCAGAACUAAUGUUUCUGUAGUGCUAUGGAUACUUGUUUAACCACUUUUCGCCUUUUCUCUUCUUCCACUUACUAUUUUAUGGUUCUUAUUUCCCUUCUCUCUCUUCUUCUUUCCCAUGAUUAUGGGUCAAUAUAAAAAAUGUCUUUGUGGCACUAUACAUCCUUCUUGAACCACUUUUUUCUAUUUACCUAUUUAUUAUCCUUUACUAAUUUAUUUACUGCUUGUCAUCUUAUCUUUUCGAUCAUUAUGAGUUGAAAUAAAUCCAGAAAGAAUUUGUUUUGCUUCAUUUUCUCUUUCUUCCUCUUAAGCCUGGUUCUUCUGUUGUUUAUGAUAGUUGUGAUUUGAAUAAAAGCAAGAAAUGCACGCCCUAAGUAUCUUCAAACAAAGAUUUCAAUAUAGAGCCUCGUUUAACAACUAAAAAAUUACUCUAAUAGAUGUAACAUAGACUCACUAUACCUUGUUGAUUUUGACCGUUACCGUAGGUAUAUGUAGAUAGCAUUUCUUUUAGUGAAAUAAUUUUAAAUAUUCGAUUUUAAUCAUUAUAGUAUUUAAUACUUAACCCUUUUGAAAAUAACGUAAAUUUGUUUUAUUUUUGUGUAGCUUACUAUGAAAUAAUCAGAAGAGGUGAUGGAAUUGAUUGUUAUUAGAAGCUUUAGUCAUUAAAGAAUUAAAUAUAAUUCACGAAACGAUCCAAAAAAUAUUUUGCGGAGUUGCUUGCUCUAUAAAUACAAAUUUAUAUCACUUAAAAAGACACUUGGUCUCUUAUUCAUGCAUCUUGACUUGUCAUAUGUAUUUUUUGCCUGGUUUAGAUCAUCCUCUAGCCUGGAAUUGCUAUCUUCUAUGCUUGGAUUGACAUAUAUUCUUUUUCAGUUCAACUUUCUUCAACAUUUGAAGUUUCUGUCCUCUUUCAUUUAUAUUAGGUGCCCCAACAUUUUUUCAACAUUUGCCUUCAACAUUUUUUCACGGAGUACACGGAAUCAACUUUCAUUGGAAUUUUUUCUAGACGAACAGGCGGAAUGUGACUGCAUAUUGUAGAGUCCCUUCCGUCUGAUUUAUUCGUCGUCUCCUUGCCUUAUAAAUUGUGAAAGGCACAGAUUAAGAAUGUUACCAGAAAAUGAUUCUGGUCGUUUUAGUUGUUUUUUAUCUAUGCACCUUUUCAUUUUAUAGAGACCUCCGUCACUAAAUUCUUCUUUUUACCCACUAGGUGACUAUUAUGAGUGUAUUCCGUAUGUCACUAGAGUUUAAUAUCUUUGUAUCAUCAUCUAACCUUGAAAGUUAUGUUUCGUUGUUUAUUUAGCAUAAAGCUUCUUUAAACUAGACUUUUUUCAUUUAUUUCGUCGUUGUUUCAGUUGUAUAUUUCGUCUACCUCACUUUUUGUGCCAAAAUAUCAAUUCAAACAGCUGUCACUAAAUUUCUUUAUGCUCACCAGCAGGUGGCACUACUUCGAAUGUGUUCGAUAUGUCAGAAAUCGAUAAGUUCUUGACUCUAGCGCCAUUUUUUGUGAAUAACUAUUUUUUGUUGUCUAAAUAACUUCAAUUUUAUUAAAAUCUGUUUUUUUUGCAUAUUAGCGUUGACGUCCAUGUCGUUCUUAUCCGUUUUAUAUCUUAUUUAAUUGAGAGAAAUGGCAACAAAAAUAGUACUUUUCUUACGCCAUUACUUUGUCCUCCUGUCUUCUAUGGAUGAGUCACGUUUAAAUACUAAUUCAACACAUUCACUACUGGUCCCAUGGUAAAGGGAAUCAUAUGCUACUAGCGGAAUAUUUCAUUUCGAUAUAUCGAUAUUGACUUAUUUCUUCUAUGAUAUUGUCUUCGAGUGUUAUUGAUCCUCCUAACACCAAUUUAGUCAUCAUUUUCGUUUUGUCUUUAUUUAUUUGCAAACCAACCUCUUCAUCUGUUUUCGCAAGCUCUGUGAGCAUUUUGUUUGCUUCGUUGAUGUCGUCAGCGAUUAUGACAAAUCAUCAGCAAACCGAAGAUUGUUGAGUUGAGUUUUUUUUUGAGUUUUUUUGUUUUUGUUCAAAGUACCACAUCUUAAAGACUAAAUUAACUAACAAGUGAGUAAAAGAGUUCACCCUAUUCAGAAAAAUACGUUUAAGGGUGGACCAAUGUGUACUUACGUGAUUAUUUUUGUAAUAAUUGAGCAAACAACUUUUCUGUAUAAAAUAUUGGAACACUUAAUAAAAUAAUUGUUAUAUAUCCCAUCAUACAUUUUGAUUAUUUUCAUAUAAUUAAUUUUAAGGCUUUGUACUUGCCCUAGGAACACAAACUAUGAAGGUAAUUAAAUUUUAUAUUUAAAAAAAGAUUUUUUUGUUAAAAUUUGACAAUAAAAUGCUAGAAUCAAGUUAUUGUUUAAAAAAGAGGCUAAAAAAUUUUGAUUCAAAACAAAAAAUCGACAUUAACUGACUGUGAUCAUUGCAUUUGCUAUAAAAACAUUCCAAAUUCUAUUACAAGAAGUGUAAGUUAUGGAAAAAAGUGAUUAAAUCUAGUCGACUAGUGAUUGAAAAGAUAUUUCGAAGACUUUUCUACAGUUUUAUACUUUCAGAAUAACAUAUAAGGCAAAUUUUGCUCACAAAUUUAUGAAUACUUGUCCCUUCUCUUCAAUGAGGAGAGAAAAAUUUGUACAUGUUGAAUUUUGAUAUCAAAAUAAUUUUUAAAUCAUGAUCUUAGCAGUUAACUAGUUUUGAUGGGAAAUAAGCCACAAUUUUACUAAAAAAAUGAUUUUAUUAACAAAAGACUAAGUUUUUCAACCUAAUAAAAAUAUUUGUAAAUUAAAUAUUUUUAAAAGAUUUUUAAUUGAAAAACUUUAUUGGCCCAUUUCCUGGUGACAACCUCCAAGGCUUCUACAAUAUGCAAGCCAAAUGGAUGCUGCAGUGAAGACUAAAGGGAAGGAAUUCUACACUAUACAAUUCACAACCCCCGUCUGCAGCGUGGUAAAGUUCCAACGGAAAAUGGACCUAGUUACUCUAUAGGAGUAAUACUAAUAUAAAAAUAAAAAUGUAUACCAUUUUUAUUCAUCCAUUUGACUUGCAUAUUGUAGAAGCCUUGGAGGUUGUCACCAGGAAAUGGGCCAAUAAAGUUUUUCAAUUAAAAAUCUUUUAAAAAUAUUUAAUUUACAAAUAUUUUUAUUAGGUUGAAAAACUUAGUCUUUUAUUUAGCAGAUGCCGCUAGGCACCUACUACCAUCUCGUCAGUUGCGGUGGGAGAUGGAUAUGUCGAAGAUUUUUACCUGGGCCAGAGAAAAGCAGCCUAUGCAGUCUCUGAUGAACCUCUAACAAGAGGUGAAAUCGUCGAUAAGGGUGCUGGCUGCACUCUCUGAUCUGAGUAAAAAUUAAGACAGUUUUGGUUUCGCACCGCAACUGAAUGAAUAAAAAUGGUAUACAUUUUUAUUUUUAUAUUUAUGAUUUUAUUAACGUUUCGACGCCCAAAUCGGGUGUCGUUGUCAAAAUACAAAAAAUAUUAAUUGUAUUUUGACAACGACACCCGAUUUGGACGUCGAAACGUUAAUUAAAUCAUUUUUUUAGUAAAAUUGUGGCUUAUUUCUCAUCAAAACUAGUUAAUUGCAAAAAUGCCACAAGAAAAUGGCUUCAGAACAACAUGAUCUUAUGUCUCAAAUGUUUUUGUUACAAGCUAUGCCAGUAUUAACAAUUAGUAAGUAAGAAAUUGUCUAGUAUGAAGUGACGGAAUCAUUUUUUGAUUUAAUUGAUGGAUUCGAUCGUUACUUGAUGAAAGUUCAUUUUAUCUAACAAUAAAACACUGAAAACGUUUGUUUUCUAUACUUCCACAAAAUUUAUUAGAACUAGAUGAAUCACUUGAGAAAGGCACUCUGUCGAAACAGCUGUAGUCACUUAGUUGUAAUAAAUUUUGUGGAAGUAUAGAAAACAAACGUUUUCAGUGUUUUAUUGUUAGAUUUUUUUAUUUGUUUUGAAGUUGUGUUAGGUGUAAAAACCUAAUAUCAUUAUGCUUUUUCCAUAGCAGUGGUUCAGAAACAUAUCAGAUUGGUUUUUGUGGGGAAAUUAGGAAACAACGGCUUAAAAAAGCAUAGCACCUCUUCGAAAUAUUUUUAGCGAUGACUGUUUAUAGUCCACAGUACAUCGUCCUUUUUUGAAAAUAAUUACGAGUCUUAAAAAUGGUUUUAACUGCUUCGUUUGAGCGAGUCUACCACCUUCUGAAAAAUUUCAGAGUGCAGGUUGGUUGCGUUUCCGCACACCCAGGCCUGUUGCUGUAGCGCGGUUAGGUUUUGUUAUUACAAAACUAAAAUUUUUAAUUUUAAUCGAAAGAUUAUACGUUGAAAUAAAAUAAAUUAAAGAGUCUCAGAUGCAGAAUCCAACAAUUUAACAAAAAUUAAAAUGGUAAAUAGUAAUUUAAAUAUGAAACUUUUGAAAGUUCUUUCUGGUACAUCCUUAAUCUGCGACUUUUUCAAUUAAUUAGACCGCAGACGACGAAUAUAGAAAAUGAAAAGGAAACGAUCACAUUCCGUUUUCAUUUGUCUAGGAAAAAAGGACAGAAGAGGAACUUUCAGUACUCAAAUCCGAGUAAAGAAAAAUAAAAAUAAUAAAUGAUGGUUUUGCUUGUUUUCGAUUCAGAGGGUUGCACACCCGCUGGACAGGCUGUUUCUACCAUUUCAGGCGUCCUCAGCAGCGUUCGUUACAGUGCACUCCUCUGAAUCGAAAAACAGCUGGACCAUCAUUUUAAAGCGAAUCUGAAAGAUAAUUCAAAUUCCCCAUUAGGACGCUGUAUCGCCAGCUGUAUGUACCAUUUAGACUAGAGGUAGGUGAUUUGUGACGAUACCGACAAAGUACAAGUAGACUACCACUGUUUAAAAAUAAAUUCGUUUUUUAUAUGUUUGCGUCUUUUUUGUCGGACAAUUACUUUUUAACAAACAUGUAUUAUUUGAACGUUAAAAAAAAUAAAGUUAUGACUUUUGUAAUAGCAAAACAUAACCUGCCCUAAUUAACAUAUUUACGUUGUCCGACUAAAGAAACGAGGCUGUAGAUUUGUCGGACAAGAGAUCGACAAUCUUUAGUAAUUAAUUUAUCAAUACUUUCAAUUGAAAAUUCAGAUAGGCCAAAACUCAGAUGGAAGGAUGGUGUAGAUGAGGAUGGUAGAAAAAUAGGCGGAGCAACAGUGGCGGCUCGUGACCUCAGUAUGCGGGUAGGCUACACAUAUACUUCGGGUAGGCGACAAAAAAUAUCCUACAGUUUGUAAUACAUUUUGAGCCGUCUUGCAAUACUAAAUGUAAUCUAUGAGCGCAACAAUGUGUAAAAAUUACCUUUGGAGCAUCUACUUUAAUUUUUGAUUGUAAUCCGUUUAAAGAGCCAGCCAUUACACUUGCACCAUCGUAAAAUUGAGCAAUUAAUUUAUUUUUGUAAUCAUAUGGUUCAAGCACGUUUGAAAUUAAACUAUAUAGAGCGUCUGCAGAUCUAUUAUCGCUAACAUCAAAAAACCCUAAAAAUCUUUCUGUUACCUGACCAACUUUGUUAACAAAACGGAUUGUUAAAGUACACUGUGAUUUUUCGGUUAUAUCAGUAGUAUCGUCAGCUAGUAUAGAAAAAAAUUGACUUUCAUUAAUUUCUGUUGAAAUUUCAUUUUUUACGUAAUCGGCAAGACAAUCUAUUAAAUCAUUUUGUAUUGUUUUUGACAAACCCGUGAACACCCCUUCUAUUUUUUAACAUGAUCCUGGAUUUCCUGAUCGCGUUUAACUACUAAAUUAAAAAUUUCUUUAAAAUUACCCAUGUUUGAAGAAUUAUGGCUCUUAUCACGACCGCGAAAUGUAAGUUCUUGUUUUGCUAAAAGAAUUGUAACAUCAAUUUCUUCAACUUCUUCAAUCUUUUUCAACUUCUUCAUUAUAUAUCUUAUUAGAUAGAGAAAUAUGUCCAGCGAAAGCACUGUCAGUAGUUUGUUUAUUUUUUUCUAACCGUUUUAAAUCUAAGCAAUUGUUUAAAUGUUCUUUCGAAGAUUCAUGUUUUUUUACACUAGCUCAUAAAUUUUUCAAAUCUGAAUAUCCCCGACUCACCCAAACAUUUUGCUUCAAAUUUGAGAGCAACAGACAAGGCCAACAGAAAAGUGAAUUUUUAAAAUAACUUCCGCUUAGCCAUUUAUGAUUUUCAUACCAUAUUGUUUUAAACGAUCUCGAAAAUGGUUGAUUGUCUUUUGUCUUAUCUGUGGAUAAAAUUGUUAAAUUUUGUAAAGGCCGGCCCAUUGAAAUAAUUACUAAUCUUUCUUGAUUUUGGCGCCUUGAAAAAGGCGUCUCGAUCAAACUGCAUAUUACAUCGUUUAAAAUAUUCAUAUUCGAUGACUAAAGUUUUUCCACCAAUAAAACUAACACACCUACGUUUCAACAACGUCAAAUAUUACCUACUUAUUUUAUUUAUGUAUCAAAUAAUAAUUUACUAUUCGAAUAAAUUGAUAAGUUAACAAUUAACCUCGCUUUAAAUUUUUAAUUAUCUAUAUAAUCUAAUAACACAUUAUUCAGUUUUCAUAAACAAAUUUAAAUUGUCCUACCUUGUUUUAUUCAAUACUUAACCUACUAAUAACAGCCAAAAUCAAAAAACAAUUAUUUUAAAACAGUUUCACAAGACACAAGAGAAGCAACUGAUAAAAUUUUGUAGGUCCGGCUAUAAGACUCUGUGCCUAUCCGUCCGUUCAAAAUCGUAGAAUAGGGUCGCUAGUAAACAGAGAGAGAUCGCACGUCAGUUCGGUGUUGGCGUCGUUCUAUUUCAGGCUACGUUCCCGAGUGCCUGACCAAGGAGAAUAUAGAAUCUAUACAGUACUACUGAUACUACAAGGAGCGUACAAUAAUUAUAACUACGGAGAAAAUUUUUUGGAUAUUUUUAAAAAUAAUUUGGAUAAUUUUUACUAUUUUAUUGUAGAUAUUGUGUCAAAAUUUAUAAAUUACAAUUUUGAAAUAAGUAAUUUAUAUUAAUAAUUUAUAUUAUUGUACUACAUUUGAAGAGGGUAGGCCUACCUUGCCUACCCCGACGGGCCGCCCCUGCGGAGCAAACUGGCAACGGUUGGCAAUGGAUAGGACUGUCUGGCGUAAGAGACUUGGGAAGGUCGACGCUCUUUCAUAGGGCUGUAUAACCAUUGAUGAUGAUGAUUCAAUUGAAAAUUAAGAAAGUAAGUUAUCAAUCGAAGUAGCACAGAAAACGACAAUAUCGUUCCCAUACCACCAGAUUGACAACAGGUGGAAUACUUUCAUUGGUUACACCUCCUGAGAUUUUCAAAAUUUAUAAAUCAAACAGGAUGCCGAGGAAAUUAAGAUGAGAGAAUUUUAUAUAAUUCACAACUCAGCGUGGUAAGUUCCAACAAGAAAGAUUCCUUAAUACUUCUACAAAAGAGUAAAUGAAUUAAAAAUGUACCUAUAAACAUUUUCAAUUUCUUUGCAACACGAAAAUGCAGCAGCUGCAUAAUACUCUGGUUAAAUCGGAGAGUGCAGGAAGAGUCUAUACCGGUUUCGGAGGUGUUUUUCUUCUCAUCAGUACUCCUAUAUCCUCUUCUCUCCGAUUUCUCCACGUAUCAUACUUUGGGCCUUUCCGAAUUGCAAAGAAAGAAAUGUCACGGAUGAACUAGAGCCAUCUACCGAACAAAAAAGUAAGUUAUCAAUCGAAGUAGCACAGAAAACGACAAUAAAUAUCGUUUCCAUACCACCAGAUUGACAACAGGUGGAAUACUUUCUUUGGUUACAACCUACAGAGAUUUUCAAAAAUUAUAAAUCAUACAGGAUGCCGAGGAAAUUAAGAUGAGAGAAUUUUAAAUAAUUCACAACUCAUCUGCUCAGCGUGGUAAACUUUCCAACAAGAAAGAUUCCUUAAUACUCCUACAAAAGAGUAAAUGAAUUAAAAAUGUUUAAACAUUUUCAAUUUCUUUGCAACACGAAAAUGCAGCAGCUGCAUAAUACUCUGGUUAAAUCGGAGAGUGCAGAAAGAGUCUAUACCGGUUUAGGAGAUCUUUUCCCCCUCAUCAGUAGUCCCAUAUCCUCUUCUCUCCGAUUUCUCCACGUAUCAUACGUUGGGCCUUUCCGAAUUGCAAAGAAAGAAAUGUCACGGAUGAACUAGGGCCAUCUACCGAAAAACUGAAUUGAUAACUUACUUUGUUUUUCGGUAGAUGGUACUAGUUCACCCGUGACAUUUCUUUCUUUGCGAUUCGGAAAGGCCCAGAGUGUGAUGCCUGGGGAAAUCGGAGAGAAGAGGAUAUUGGACUACUGAUGAGGGGGACAAGACCUCCGAAACCGGUAUAGACUCUUUCUGUACUCUCCGAUUUAACCAGAGUAUUAUGCAGCUGCUGCAUUUUCGUGUUGCAAAGAAAUUGAAAAUGUUUAUCCAUUUUUGAAAAUUAAGAAUUUUGUAGUUACAAAACUGUACCGCGCUAGAGUGACAUUUUGCGGGUCCUCAACGAUCGUGCCCUCUUUUUUGUCCGACAAAAAUAAUGUAUUUUAUUGUAACGCAUAAUCUUUUGAUUAAAUAUAAAAAUUAUAUUUUUGUAGUCACAAAAUCUAACCGCGCUAGAACUACAGGUUUAGGCGUGGGGCGUGCGGAAACGCGUCCACGCAGCACUCUGAAAUUUUUCAGAAAGUGGUAGACUCGCUCAAACGAAGCAGUUAAAAUAAUUUUUAAGACUUUUGUAAUCAUUUUCAAAAAAGGACGAUGCAUUGUGGACUAUUAGUAAUUCAAACCGAAUUUACUUGCAAAAGAUUUGAAAAAUCCUGAAAUUGCCACGUCAUAUAUUUACUAAUUGACUUAAAAAAUGUAAAUAAUCUGAAUCUAGGGCAAGUACACCAAGGAGUCAAUCCUGCAGAUGGUGUACAAUCGACAUAACCUUAAUUAACGAAAUUCUUCUAUUAGCACGUGUUACACGAAUGUAGUCGUUGAUAUAAGUGAAAUAUAACUAUUUUUGCAAAUUAUUGAGUUUUCAAAUUCUUUCAAAGGUCGUUGAUGAUCUCAUUAUAAACAAAAUGUGCCAAAUUUGCAUUCUGGGUAAACGCGUUGUUAAAAACUUUGGACUACUUCAUUAUCUUUCUUUUAAAACGAAUUUCUGAUUAUUUAAUAAAAUGAGAAACAAAUUGAUAUCUACAGAUUAUUUAAAAGUAAUAGAAACAUAUUAGAAAGCGAAUUGAUGGUUGGCUUCACUGACAAUUGACAAAAUGUCAGUGUACGUGCUGACGUAUUUUAACAUCUAUCGUGUUUUAUAUUACCUAUAUGUCAGUUGUCAAAUGUAGGAAACGUUGUGACGAUUCGCUGCUAUCAUAAAAAUAGAUAUAAGUUGAUAACGUAUUACUGUGCAGUUAAUUUUUAAAUAUGCCUUAUGCAGAAAUUCGAUAAUGUGAUUUUUUCCAUUCCAAUAUCCUAUUAUUUAGAAGAUAAAAACUGUUGAUACUCUGUAGAGUACUUUGAACGUAACAUUUUGUAAAUAAUUCUUCUUUUCCAGAAAAUAUAGUUCAUUUUCUGUAUGCUUUUUUAAAAAUUGAAACUCUGAUCUACUUUUUAGUAUUGUCAAUUAGAAAUUGUCCAAUUACAAAUUGGAAACUUUUGUAAAUUAAGAAUUGUAUAUCUAAAGGUAUAAAAAAGUGUAAAUUGACAGAUCGAAUGUAUUUUUUCUAAUCGGGUGCUGACUUGUCGAUUGUACUGCAUCUGUUAGCUGGUUAUUUUUGAAAAUUAGUUAAGCGAUGUUGUUUGAGCGCUUAAAUCAAAGAGCAUUUUUCUAUUUUGUUCCUCACAUAAUGUUACCAAUAACAUUAAAAAGUUUUGUCUGGAUAGUUAGUUAUAUUAUGGAAACUACUUUAAAGGUACGAUUCCGACAACGACUGCAGACGUUAGUUGCAGUUGUCACCAUGACAGACAUCUCUACCUUGCACUAUUAAUUUGUAUAAUUAUUAGCAACUGACGUUCUGCCGGACAACAGUUGUAGUUAGAUGUCGGAAUCAGUCUCAUACAAAUUAAUAGUGCAAAGUAGUGACGUCUGUCACGGCGACAACUGCAACUGACGUCUGUAGUUGCCGUCUGCAGUCGUUGUCGGAAUCAUACCUUUAAUCAUCACAUACAAUUUAUGUAAAUUACUGCACUGCAAUGGUCUGUUGUCUUACUCUUCUUCUACUUUGUUUCUUCCAUUCCCUUUGCAUAUUUCUCAUUUCUCUUUCUUGAUUUUUGCCUGUCUUUCUAAUUUUCUUUCCCUUUCUUUUUUGGUACAUCUCUAUAUCAGUUUAGAUUUCACUCAUCUUCUGCUUUGUUUCUCCCAUUCCUUAGACCUCUUCCUCAUUCCUCUUUCUUGAUUUUCUCGUGUUUCUCUGUCUUUCCCCUGUGUCCUCUCUCUAUUUCUUGCUAUUGGUCUAUUAGUGUUUGACUCCUAUCUCUUAUUCUCCUUCUUUGCGCUGUACAUCUAUUUUUUAUUCCUAAGUAUCUCUCUAUCUUAGUUUGCCAAUUCCCUGUUCUUCUGGUUUCAGUAUUUCUAGGUUUUUUUCUUCUCUACCUCUUUCUUUGUAUGUUUCAUCGGUUAUCGGUAUAUCUAUUUCUUUCGAACUAUCUUUUUUAUCAUAUCUCUCAUUUUUGCUGGCCUUUUGUUUUACUAUCUCUCUUCCUCUUCCUUUUUGCCUUCCUCGCUUUUCUUUUCGAUUUGUUUCUCUGUUGUUCAUCUUGGAUGAGCAAAAAAUGACAUCGUGAUUUUGUAAUCCGAAUAAAUCCACCUUAAGUUUGUAAUAAACAAAUUAUUCUAAGAAUGGUCAAAGAAAAUGGUGAAUUACUUUCAAUUGACAAGAAAAGAGAAGGAAGAACGCAAAUAAUUAUUAUAAUAUGCAAGAAUUUUGUUGAAAAAUGUAUGUGAGGAACAGAAUAUUGGUUUGAGGUGACGCUUUCACAAUAUUAUUUAACUAGAUGUAAGUUUUUAAGCACCGUAUAGUUGCUUACAGCUUGCACAUCCAAAACCAGCAAUUGUUAAGGCCAUAACGGCGCACUUUUUCGACAUGGUGUGUGCCUCGUCUCUCAAAACGAGUCACACACCAUGCCCCAAAGACACAUUCCCUCCAGCAAUUGUAUAUUAUUACCUAAAUAUUGCAAAUCUGUCCAACUAAAUCAAACUUAUUGUAAAUAAGUAAGAUGGUUUCGUUUUUUUUAUGAAGCGCUGUCAACUAAUUGUGUGUUGAAAUAUUUACUUAACGUAUUAUUUUACUACUUAUGGAAAUAUGUACUUAACUGUAAGAAAUAUGAUAUGUUUGAUGUUAGCAAUAAUAUUUCAUUCAUUUGUAUACAUGAUAAACUAUAAAAUAAAUGUGUUUUGUUCAU